CGAGGGGUUGCCAGUGCUCCCCUCCCCCGCCCGCCGGGAGUGCGCUGCUCGUCGAGGCGGCGGAAGACGGGCGGGCGCUUCUGCCUUGAGAAUACGGGCUUUGCUUAAACACCAUCCGAGAAGACAGAUGAGGACAUAGAAGCUAAUAAAACAACUUUUUUAUUCCAACCCUGGUUUUGAGUGGAGAUGCUUCAUGCUGAAAGUAGAGUAAGGCCCUUGGAGUGUCAGGAUGAAAUCACGACUGAACCAUGUUCUAAAAAAAUGAAGUCAACAGAAGGGUCUUACAAGAAACUCUCUGAUGAUGGUAACCAAGCUACUCAAGAGGAGCCGGACACUGAGAGAACAUCAGAUGAUUUGGUACCGGCGUAUGCCUCUGAUAACCAAGGGCAACUUGAAAUGCAGAAGCAAGAGAAAAUACCUACUACUGUCCUGGGAACACUGCAUGAAGUGUUCCCUGAAAAUAAUCUAGUGCUUAGUCAGCCAAUUGAUUCAGAAACUCUGCAGAAUGUAAGUCCUCCAUUUGCAUCAAUAAAUGACACUAAAGUUGAAGAAAAGAAAGGCCCUUUUAUUACAAAUAAUACUGGUGAAGAUGAUAUUAGAAAUAGUAGUACAUCAUUCUCAAUAAAUAGGAAUGCAUCAGAUGAAGAGUUUUUUACAAGCAAAGAAUUUAUCGGACCGAUUUACAAGCCUGCUGAAAGCAACGAACAGGACAAAUCUGGCAGUUGCAAUGAAUGUAGAAACAGUGAGGGAGAUCAGAAUGAAUUGCAUGAAAACCAAGCUAAAAGAAAGGAGGCAAAGAAGAUGCAGCCUAUUUCUUCUGCUGUACCAGAAAUAGAUGAUGAACUGGACCAGUUCUAUAAAGAAAUUCACCAGCUGGAAAAUGAAAAUUUAGAUACUAAUUUUCAGGAAAAAGAAACUGAAAUUUCUCAGGAACAAUUCUCUCCAUCUAACUGCUGUCAAACCUUACAAGAGGAUUAUCAACGUGUAUUGUUGGGCAGCCCACAACCAUUUUAUGAGAAUGGACAGUGUUUCUUUGGGGAACAGAACAGUCAGAAAACAAGCAAUGAGCAGCAGUUUGUCGUGGAGACAAGUGGCUGGAAAACUGAAAAUACCUUUAAUGGACAAGUAGAUUCUAAAUAUUGGAACUACUCAGUGCCUGAAUUCAGACCUGCUUGGCAGUCAACAGAGUCUUUCAUAGUACCUCAGGGAUCUCUUCCUCCUAGAUUCAACCAUCAGUCGCACUUUCCGAUGCUUAAUUCCCCACCACAAAAAACAAAUGCUCUCCCUUCUCAGAAUGGUGAACUUUUGUACAAAAAUUAUCAUGGUUACCAUGGAAAUACUGGUAUCAACAGUCAUGGUCCAUUGCUUGAUCAAAGUACCAGGUAUGCUGGUCAUAUUGAUAUCCAUCCUACUCAGGUCUUCAGAAAUGGAAAUAAUGACCAGAAUGGACUCCAAAAUAAUGGUUUCUGUGAAACCAGAGAAGAGUGUUGGAAGGAUCCAAAAGCUGACAAUGCAGAAAGAAUGCACAGCUUUUCUUCCUUGCAGUUACCUGAAGAAAGAUUUGGUUGUUCACAGAAAUUGCUCGUAAUCUUAAGAGGCCUACCAGGUUCAGGGAAAUCAACGCUUUCUCGUAUUCUACUUGGUGAAAGUCGUGAUGGCAUUAUAUUCAGCACCGAUGAUUAUUUUCGUCAGCAAGAUGGAUAUACAUACAGUGCUGCUCAGCUUGGUGAUGCCCAUGACUGGAACCAGAAGAGAGCAAAGCAAGCAAUGGAGCAGGGAAAAUCUCCAGUUAUAAUAGACAACACUAAUACUCAAGCCUGGGAAAUGAAGCCAUAUGUGGAAGUGGCUCUAGAAAAAGGAUACAGAGUGGAGUUCCAUGAGCCAGAUACUUGGUGGAAGUUUGAUCCUGAAGAAUUAGAAAAGAGGAAUAAACAUGGGGUCACUCGUGAGAAGAUUGCUCAGAUGUUGGAACGAUAUGAAUAUCAAAUAUCCAUACCUAUUGUCAUGAAUUCAGUGGUACCUCCCCACAAAAACACACAAAGGCCACCUCUGCACCGAAGACAUAGGUGGGGAGGCAAUACAGACUCAUGGAAUUCUUUCAGUAUUUCCAGUAGCCGAUAACACAGUUGCAGUCAGUUAAUAAAAAUCUGUUACUUGCCCUUCUAAAACACAUCAUCACCUCCAAUAAAGUAGUGAUCUUCUGUAUUUUAAAUAGGCCUCUUUCAAGACCAUUUUCUUCUGGAGGUUGUUCCUUUAAUGAACUUGCAUGUAAAUAAAAUUGUACAUUAAAUGUUUUUUAAAACUAUAUUUAUUACAGUUGUAAUAACUUUGAUUUUAGUAAAAUAUUUAAUAUAGUAUGACAUAUAGCAGAGUCUUCCUUCAUAAACCUAAGACAAUGAUGUUGUCAUAUAUCAAGUAACUGUUGAGCAGUUUUUUUAAAGAGGUCAUAUUAGGAAUCUUUUAAAAGAGAAUUAAAGCCCCAGAAGAAGAGGUUAUUUAUGCAAUAACCAAUUUUAAUGAUUGAAAUUUAGUCUCCUUAUCUUUUAUGAGAUUUUUUUAAAAAACAAUUCUGUCUCAGAUUGUCUUUUUUUUUUUUUCUAUUUGGCAUAUAUUGCCAAUCGGCAAAAUUUUGGCAUGUAUUUUCUCGUUUUGGUUGUGGUUUUUGUUUUGUUUUUUUGUCUCAGAAGCUCAUCUGGCAGCUGAAGCAACAUUCUGCCAAUACAGUAUUCACCAGCCUUAAACUGUGUAAAAAUUUGUUUAUUUGUUCUCAGUGGUAGUAUAUAAACUAUGAUGGUGACUGCACACCACCAACCUCUUUGUGCUGACUAAAAAACCCCUAAAUUUUAUCACUAAACCCCCAAAAUUUCACAGCUGUGUCUAAGACAAUUUUUUCAUUUAUGAUAAAAAUGAAAUAAAGCAUUAGGCUGUCAAGUCCUAGUCCACAGCUGGGCUGCAUCAAUUCAAUAUAAAUAGUGGAUAUAAUUCUGUAAAACCAUGUUGCAUUCCUGAUUUUGGCACAGUCAAUGGUAAUCUGUUUUGCACAUAGCAAAGUAUGAGCCAGCAUGGGGAUUGACUAAUUUACUGCCGUUUUUCUCUUAAAAAAUGAUGGAUUUGUAAGUUUUCGCUUUGCUUGCUUUCUAACAGCUUGCUGUAUUAAUAAAACAUUUUUGUCUUCAGUGUUGUUUUAGUAGUUCAGUGCAACAGUUCUAUUAUUUUCAAGCUUUUAGGAUUUUAUACAGAUUAACAUUAUUACUAACUUGCUAGCUGAAAUAUCCGAUCUUCAGGUCUAACUACAUUUGAUUUCCUUGUACUCUGAAUGAGUAAAUCUUGAAUAGGAAGUUUUGUCAAGAACGUGAGUGCGUAGCUAAAAGAAUUUUCAUGGUUUUCUACUACUAAUUUGGUGUAAUAGCCAAUAGAAUUUUGAAAAUUCUAAAGCCAGCAUAAUAUUUUUUUAUUUAUAUACAAUUUUUUAAUAGGCCCUAAAAAUUACUUCAUCUUUAAAGUCUGAAUACCAUGAAAGUUGAAAUUCCAAGUAUAUAAUGAAGUAUCUUUCUGUGGGUUUUACUCCUAUUGUACAAAUCUAAAUUUGUACAGUUUAAUGUAUAUCUGCAGUAACAUUUUCAUAAGAGAUUCUAUUCGUUAUAAAAGUUGAAGUGUGCAGUUUCAUGUCUUAGUAAUUGUUUUAAUUAUUUGAAAAAUAAUUUAAAAUGUUUCAGUAGUGCAUGGAUUGUUAAUAUAUUGAAUGAUGUGUAUAUAUAAAAACAAGCUCUCCAACUAUAUUAAUUGUCUUCCUUCAUUGUCUGUUAUUCAUACCAAUUAUGUUACUGUGUAUUAGUUUUUAUAGUUAUCUUCUUCCAUGUCUCAAAAGUCAUGGAAAUAAUUGUAAACGGUCAGUAAUACUUUAAUUAUCCCAAAGUUUCUAUAUUUAAACAUGAAAGCAUAUUUCAUGUGGGAAGAAGACAAAAAGGUUUUAGAAAGACUCAUUUUAUUUACUCUUUAUUCCUUUAAGCUUUAAUGAAGUCAUAAAAUUUAUUGAGGCUUUAUGUAACAUUCACACAGCGUGCUAAGCUAUGACAAAAAUGUUCUGCUAUUUUUUGGUACCUUCUGUCUUCAGUUUUUAAAGGAAACUGAUUUUUUAGCAGUAUUUAAUUGAUAUUGAAGCCCUCUAACUGAAAUUUGUAUUUAAAUAGAUGUGAAUUCGUACUGUUUUAAAAUGGUGCAGCAUUUUUAGGUGUUAUCUUUCUAAAAAAUUAUUGGUGGAUGGUGAGUAUUUUUGAUAUGCAAAGCAUGCAGAUCGCUAAUAGGCUUGCAGUUUGCAAAGGACACAUAACAAGAAAGGAAUGCUUUGCAGCUUGGCACUGCAUCAAACAUUUCUUGCAAACUGCUUAAUCUAUAAAGCUGUUUUCCAAGGUAAGUACAAUGACAUGGUAGGUGAAAACACAAUGGAAUUGCUGCCUGUGUAACACAUUUUUGUUUCAUGGUAUGUUCAUAUUUCAUGAGGAUGUGGCAGUCAUGGUCAUAUGUUUAUCUCUGACAGAAGUUGCUUUAACACUGCAAUAUUUACAUGUAAAAAUA